UCGGACUUUGACGUUUUUAAUUUUCUCCAAUAACAAUAUUUAUUUAUGCUAUGACAACUGAAUGCUUUUUUUUGUAUAAAAACGGAACGCUUUUCAGUAUUGCUCUCAUCGUACUCAUUCAAAGUAAUAAAAUAAGAACCAAACAUUUUUCUGCAUUAUUCGGAUUAACUUCUUGUGUACAUAGACAAUGGCUAUACAGACAUCGAAACCAUUACUGAUCAGCUUUAUAAUGGUUCUGGUAGCUUACCUGUUUGAUAUUAUCGGGUUCUCCACAACAUACCAUACCGUUAUUGAUGGUACCAGUUUUGAUGUCCAUGGCGGACUAUGGAAACAAUGUGUAACAGUCAAUGAUGUUACAACGUGUUCAGACAUUUCUGACUCCGUUGCAGAUGAAGAUUGGUUCAGAUCUUGCCGAGCUCUAAGCAUCAUUGCAUUGAUAUGUUUCCUAGCUGGUGCCAUUUGUACUGGGUUAAAAGUGUUUGCUCUGAAGGAGAAUAAAGCAUUACUCAUCGCUGCAAUUUGUACAAUACUAACGGCAGCAAUUUGUAUUCUUACGUCAGAUAUACUUUUAACACAGAACAUCGAUGAUUUUUCGGUCAAUGGAGUUGAUGCUGUCUACGGAUGGGGUUUCGCUUUAACACUUGUAGGAAUGGGUAUCGCUGUGAUCGCCGUAAUCAUAAUGAUUGUAGAUCUGGUUAAAAGAGGCAGUAGCGGGAAAGUGAACAGUAAUGAUGAAGAAAAAUAAACUACAUGUUUACUUUUUCGAAAACAGAAAACCAACAGAAGACUCUUAUUUAUCAUAUUCAUUUUUUUAUCAAUCAAACGUC